GGAACUUCCCUCCACUCAAAUUACUAAACCCUAAAAAUAUAGUAGUAAAACAAAAAGAGAAUGUUAGAAAGAAAAAAAAAUUAAAUCUCUCUAUAAUAUGCUAUAGCUACCUUCCUCUUUUAUGUUUUCCCUUCAUCUUCUUUCUCUUUUUCUUUCCUUUCCUUUCCUUUCCUUUCCUUUCUUUUUAUUGGGGCUUUGGUAUUCCCUUAGUACUCUCUUUAGUGUGAUUCUCUCCCACCACAUAUUUCCAAAAAACUUAUCAACCUUUUAUAUAAAAGAGAUAAAGAUCAAAGAGAUCAAAGAAAGAAAAUCAUGGUUUUCUCAUCUUUUCCUGUGUAUCUAGAUCAUCCCAAUUUGCAUCAGUUACAGCAGCCAGACGGCCAUCAACAAGGAAACCCUGGACUGGAGAAUUCUCCAGCCCAGCUUCCAACUCUGCAGCCCCCAUCUAUGCCCGUGGGGGCUAGUCCAGGCUCGAUCAGGCCAGGUUCUAUGGUAGAUCGAGCCCGGCUAGCAAAGAUUCCACUGCCAGAGGCUGGUCUAAAGUGUCCAAGGUGCGAUUCAACAAACACAAAGUUCUGCUACUUCAACAACUACAACCUUUCACAACCAAGACACUUCUGCAAGACCUGUCGACGGUACUGGACAAGAGGGGGCGCGUUGAGAAGCGUACCUGUAGGAGGAGGAUGCCGGAGGAACAAGAGAAGCAAAAGCAGUAAUAAUAACAACAGCUCAAAGACAGCUGGCAGUAAUGUUAAUAGUAAUGUUCAACAAAUAGGUACUUCAACAAGUGUAAGUCCUUCAAAGUGCAGCACGGAAAUAAUUAAUGGUCGCCAUCACUUCCCACACGAACAAUCGACGCAGUUAACUCCACUCAUGGCUGCCUUCCAAAACCUUAACCAUCACUACGGGGGAUUUCAGCCUCCUCCUUUGGUUUCAACGCACAAUGGGAACGGGACUGGGCUAGGUCAUCAUGAAAUGGGAUUUCAAAUAGGGAGUAGUGCUAAUACUAACAAUUUAUCGGUACCCUCAGGAGGAUCUGAUCAUCAGUGGAGAUUGCCAUCUUUGGCAGCAAACACAAAUUUGUACCCUUUUCAACACGGUGAAGGAAUUAAUGAAUCAUCAUCUGGUAAUAAUAUUGGUCAUGAUGAUCAAGGGUUAAAUUCGACGAAACAGUUUUUGGGAACAAUGGAAAAUAAUAAUCAAUAUUGGGGUGGAAACGCAUGGACAGGGUUUUCUGGACUAAACUCAUCUUCUUCAGCCAGCCAUCUGCUUUGAUUUGCUUAAGCUUCAUUCAUGUAAGUCAAUUUGUGUACUUGACUCUGAAGGAUUAAAAUGUUGUAUGUGUUGGGGAGAGGGGGGGUCUAAAUUAGACAUAUAGUAUACGGGGGGGCAUAUUUAAGUCUUUGUUUCCUUGGUCAUUAUUAUCACUUGUAAUUUUACUGGAUGUUCUUUUACUAGGUGUGUUUAGUUGUGUUAUUGUGAGUUUUAAUUUGGGGUCUGACAUUAUAAUCUGUUUCCAUGAAACAUAUAUAUAUUGUGGUUUAAUUUCUGAUAAUAUAACUCAUUUU